CAGAGCCCGAUCGUCCAGCCCGGAGCGGAGCGGUGCGGUGCGGUGCGGUGCGGUGCAGGGAUGGCGGUGCCGGAGCCCGACGCGCGUUUGGCGCAGGAGAAGGAGGAGGAGAGCGAGGAGGAGAGCGAGAUCCUGGAGGAGAGCCCGUGCGGGCGGUGGCAGAAGCGCCGCGAGCAGGUGAACCAGGGGAACAUGCCGGGCAUCCAGAGCACCUUCCUCGCCAUGGACACAGAGGAAGGCGUGGAGGUGGUGUGGAAUGAGCUGCUCUUCACUGACAAGAAGGCCUUCAAAGCACACGAGGAGAAGAUCAAGACCAUGUUUGAGCAGCUGGUGCUGGUGGACCACCCCAACAUCGUGAAGCUCCAUAAAUACUGGCUGGAUGUGAAGGACUCGAAGGCACGGGUCAUUUUCAUCACAGAAUACGUGUCUUCAGGGAGCCUGAAGCAGUUCCUGAAGAAAACCAAGAAAAACCACAAGGCCAUGAAUGCCAGGGCCUGGAAGCGCUGGUGCACGCAGAUCCUGUCCGCUCUCAGCUUCCUCCACUCCUGUGAGCCCCCCAUCAUCCAUGGCAACCUCACCAGUGACACCAUCUUCAUCCAGCACAAUGGGCUCAUCAAGAUCGGCUCUGUGUGGCACCGGGUGUUUGCUAACGCCCUUCCAGACGACCUGCGGAGCCCCAUCCGGAUCGAGAGGGAGGAGCUGCGCAAUUUGCAUUUCUUUCCCCCGGAAUACGGCCAGAAGGCUGACGGCACCGCCGUGGACAUCUUCUCCUUUGGGAUGUGCGCACUGGAGAUGGCAGUGCUGGAGAUCCAGACCAACGGUGACACACGGGUCUCGGAGGAGGCCAUCAUGAGGGCACGGCAUUCUCUGGAUGACCCCAACAUGAGGGAGUUCAUUCUGUCGUGCCUGACCCUCAACCCCGACAAGCGGCCGACGGCCAACAGCCUCCUCUUCCACCGCGUGCUCUUCGAGGUCCAUUCCCUGAAGCUGCUGGCAGCACACUGCUUCAUCAACAACCAGUAUCUGAUGCCAGAGAACGUGGUGGAGGAGAAGAUAAAGGAGCUGGACCUGAACAUGGUGAUGGCAGAGAUCCGGCGUGAGGGUCGGCCUGGAGCACAGUGGAGGUACUCAGAGGUCUCGUUCCUUGAGCUGGACAAGUUCUUAGAAGAUGUCAGGAAUGGGAUUUACCCUCUGAUGAAUUUCGCUGUUUCCAGACCCCAUGCCCUCCCACGGGCACUCUCUCAGCCCCCAGAGGACCCUCAGAAAGCCAAAACCCCCACGCCAGAACCCUUUGAUGUGGAGACCAGGAAGGUGGUACAGAUGCAAUGCAACAUGGAGCUGAAUGAGGACAAGACCCAGUGGCAUCUCACGCUCCUGCUGAUCCUGGAGGACAAGCUGCACCGACAGCUGAGCUACGACUUGCUGCCCACUGAUAACUCCAAGGACCUUGCCACAGAGCUGGUGCACUAUGGGUUCAUCCACGAGGAUGACUGUGAGAAACUGGCUAACUUCCUGGAAAAUGCCUUCCACAAGCACCGGUCUCCUCCCUUGUGAGUCACCCCUGGGGCAGCGGGGUCCCUGCGCUAUGGGGACGGGCACAAACCCAGCAAGGAGCAACCACGGGCUCUGGAACCAACUCCUCCAGCGGGGCCACUCCAGACUGAAUCUUUGCAGUCCAUGAGAGGUGUAUGCCUUUGUUGUGGCGUGGAAAGACAACAGCAAGUGGAAUAGCAACCAGCUAUAACACAAGGAAUGGCCUCUGCACGAGCACGUGCCCCAGCUCCUACUCCUGGAGCAGCAAUCCAGAAGGAGUUGUGGGGCCUGGGGGAGUGCUGACGGUGUUUGUGAAGAUGAGGAGCUGCUGCAAGAGUCCCACAGACUGAUAAAUUUGCCUCUGGGAGUGAUAAGCUUUUCUCACUGCAGGUCCUAAAGCUCUUUUUUUUUCCUCUUUGCCAGCUGGUGAUGGGUGCGGAAGGGAGGAAAGCUCCAGCAUAGUUUGCAAUCUGCCACGUUCCAUCCUCUGUUUCCAUUUCCUGCUGUUUUUUUAAGGUUUCCCAUGCACAGAUGAACCACUGUGAUGCCUUUCAGUUAGAAGCUUGCAUCUUGGUGUAAGCUGACAGGUGGACUUUGUGAGCUGGACUUGGCACAGCAGGAGAAGCAACUGCAGCAAUCCAAACCCACCAGCUGGAUCCCAACACGGGGAACAGCAGAAAUGUCACUGGUGCUGAACAGAACCUUUUUCACUCCUGUUUGUCUCAUGGCCUUCAAAAAUCUUACGGUAUCCUAAGGGGAAAAACCCCUAUGUCUCUUCCUUCCCUGUGUGUCCUGGGGUGUUUGGAACUUCCAUCGCUUGUGCGUAGAAAGGGGCAAUCGUAGCUGCUGCACAUUGGGUUCCAUUGGUAAAAACCACCAACAGAAAUGAUUUGUGUAGCAAAAGCUGUGCUGCGCUCCAUGCUGCUCACGUCGUGCUGUGAGCAGCCCUGCUGCCGUGCUGCGCUGUGCCAACUCUUCCAUUGCCUGCAUUGUGCUUUGUGGUGCUGCACCAACUGUAUGGCUGGGUCUGCCGUGCCGCCACGCUGCGCUGAGCUGUCAGUUGUGCUGUGUUUCCCAGUCGCGCUGCGCUGUGCCAACCUGACAGAACUGACAAAUCAAUAAAGCCAUUGCAAGCAGCUUGUCUCAUGCGAGGAGCUGGUCUGCUGAGCGAGCACUCAGUGAUCUCUUAGUCACUCUUACAGUUAAGAAGAGUGAAACGGCUUCCUCGAGUUCAACGCUGAUCCAACAAAGUCGGGUAAAUUGGAUAGAGCAGGCAUUCACAAGAAAAACAGCAUUCAGCUGUGUGAUGCAGAAAUUGCUUUCUCCAGAACAAGCUUGCACUUGCCUUUGCAAACUAAGAAAUGCCUUCAUACACCAGCUGCUGCUUCCCUAAUCAGCCAGAGAGCUAUUCUUUAGCACAUUUCACCUGACUCAAUUCUUUGAAUGUCAUUACAGCUCAGCUUGAGUGAUGCAUCUUCCUCGUACUGGCUGCACUCAGCAGUAUGUUUGUUAACUGGCAGCUGCAGGAUGUUUCAAGCACAUGUCAGGCAGCAGUCACAGCAUCACAAAAGAUCUGAGGUCGGAGAGGACCACUCGAGGUCCAGCCACCCUCUGUGGUCCUCCAGCCCAGUGCUGGGUGGUCCAGUGCCCUGUACCCAUGGCCAGUCAGGUCUGAGAACCCCCACAGGUGGAGACAUCCAGCCUCUCUGGAUUACCCAUGCCAGUGUUCAGCCAACCUCACUGAAAAAAAUAUUUUCCCAUUUUUUCAAUUUGGGCCCAUUGCUCAGCCUCUUGUCCCAGUGCUGGGACCACCAAGAACAGCCUAGGUCCAUCUUCUUGGGUUGGAACUGGAUGAUCUUUAAGCCUCCUUCCAAUACGAACCACUCCAUGGUUCUAUGGUCUUUAAAGACCCAUCCAACCAAACCUGUUCUAUGAUUCCAUGAUUCUCCACUCACUGAUCAGGCAUUUGCUCACACUGAUGUACAGCCACCCCAGCUCUCAGACUCUCCCACCAAUCCUCCAGGCCCUUUGCCAUCUAGGCAGUCUGCGCUUCAUGGGCUCUGUGCUUUGGAUGGGGCCUCAUGAGAGAGGAGCAGAGGAGGGUUCUGCCCUCAGCCAGUUAAUGAGGCUUUCCUGGGGCAGCUCAGGUGGCCUUGGGCCUCCUUUGCAGCAGGAGUAUUGCAGGCCCACAACUCAGCAUCCAGAGAGACGUGCAUGGCCUUCUCUGCAGAACUGUCACCAGCACAAGAAUGGAAAUCCUGCCCUCGUAUUUCCAACUCAGACAGCAGUCCUGCCAGACAAGGGAGGGGAUUGUGUCCUUGGCACUUAUGGUCAGGUCUGUCAGCUCACAAUGCCUGAAAUUCCUGUCCAUAUAUCAAGAAUGCUUAGGUAUGGCACAUAAAAUCAUAGAAUCACAAAGGUUGGAAAAGACAUCCAAGAUCAUCCAGAUUUCCCAGUGUUACGUCCUUACAAAUGUAUUACGUGAAGGCAAUAGUGUGAAUAAUAUCCCAAAUUCUUAAGGAAAAACUUUUCUCCCCAGCUAUCAGAAACACAAACAAAUCUCAUUCACUGCCAGCUAUAUUGCAGCUGGUCUCACUAAGAAAGGCUCAGCCAUCCUGGGUGCUUUUUAGAAUCACAAAGGUUGGAAAAGACAUCCAAGGUCAUGCAGUCCAACCUCCCACCUGUCACCGCCCACAGAACCACGUCCUCAGUAUAUCUAAAUGUUCCUUGAACAUCUCCAUGGUCGGUGACUCCCUGGGCACCUCCCUGGGCAGCCCGUUGCAGC